AUGGGGCAGAGCUCAAAAAGCACCCCACUCCCAACAUUGUCCUUUGAAAGUGAAAAGAAGAGAAGGGACGAUAAGGAGGUGUUUGGGAGUAUACUUAGCAACAUGGAGAAAGAAGGAGGACUGCUUGAAGCUGGGGUUGUGAACCAGCCACUACCUUCGAAGGAGGAGAUAGAGGAAGCAUCAAGGAUAAGUGCUCUGGAAAUCUUGGAUCCUAAGGAAACUGCUAAUGCAGAAUCCUAUGAGGCACCCAUCAGGGUCGCUUUGGAAGAAGCAGUGGCGGAGAAACAGCUUGAAGUGGCUGAAGAGAAGAAGAAGAAGAGGAAGAUCAAAGAGAAGAGAGAUAAAGGAGAUGAGAAAGCCCAUCCAAUCAAGAAAAAGGAAAGAAGAAUGGAUGAGAAGAUGGAACGUAGGCGAGAGAAGAUGCGCCUGAAGAAUGAGGAAGAGAGGAGAAAGAGGGCUGAGAUCCCAAAAUUAGAUGGAGAAUCCACCUCUGUAAGGGGUGAUAAGGGAGAGUCAGCGAAACUAAGAGAAUCAGCACAACCCGAGGAGGAAACAAUGUAA